UUCUUAUUCUUGCCCCAGGACUGCUCCCCUAACAUCCCAUUUUUACCACACCUCUUUUUUUAGGGCACUCCUGCCCUGUUUCCAGGUUCUCGCCGCCUUGGGUCUCCAGGUGCCUCCAAUAUCUUGGUAUCCGCUUCCCAAGUCCAUGCCUCUUUGAGCUCUCUCCGGGUGUCACUGGGUGUUCCUUCAUAGCCUUCGGGCCCUUCGAAACAAAUCAGCCCCUGCGGACUCUCCUGGCGAAGAGACAGACAGGCUGUGGAGGGGAACUUGGAAGAGACGACGUUCAGAAGCCUUUGCUGAGACUGGGGACAGAGGCGUCCGCCUCCCGCCGCGCCAGUCGGGUGGGACGCCUCGCUUGGGGUGGUGAAAAACCUCCAGACAUCUCCCAUGGAUUUGUGAUCCAGGUGGGCAGCUCUCCCAGCAGCCCUGGACAGCAGACCCGGGCCGGCGGCAUGUGGCUGCGGCGCGUCUCCGGCACGGCGGUGACCGCGCUCCUGCUGGCGCAGACUGGCCUCCUGCUCUUCCUGGUCUCCCGGCCCAGGUCACCGUCCCCAGCGGGAGGCGAGGAGCGGGUUCAUGUGCUGGUGCUGUCCUCAUGGCGCUCAGGCUCUUCCUUCGUGGGCCAGCUCUUCAGCCAGCACCCCGAUGUCUUCUAUCUGAUGGAGCCCGCGUGGCACGUGUGGUCCGCCCUGUCGCAGGGCAGCGCGGUGGCGCUGCACAUGGCCGUACGCGACCUGGUGCGCUCCGUCUUCCUGUGUGACAUGGACGUUUUCGAUGCCUACCUACCGUGGCGACGCAACCUGUCGGACCUCUUUCAGUGGGCAGAGAGCCGCGCGCUGUGCUCGCCGCCUGCCUGCAGCGCUUUCCCGCGCGGCGCCAUCAGCAGCGAGGCGGUGUGUAAGCCGCUGUGCGCGCGGCGGCCCUUUGGCCUGGCCCAGGAGGCCUGCCGCUCCUACAGCCACGUGGUGCUCAAGGAGGUGCGCUUCUUCAACCUGCAGGUGCUCUACCCGCUGCUCAGCGACCCGGCUCUCAACCUGCACAUUGUGCACCUGGUGCGCGAUCCGCGGGCGGUGCUGCGCUCCCGCGAGCAGACCGCCAAGGCGCUGGCGCGCGACAACGGCAUCGUGCUGGGCACCAAUGGCAAGUGGGUGGAGGCCGACCCGGACCUGCGCGUGGUGCGCGAGGUGUGCCGCAGCCAUGUGCGCAUCGCCGAGGCCGCCACGCGCAAGCCCCCGCCCUCCCUGCGCGGCCGCUACCGCCUGGUGCGCUUCGAGGACCUGGCGCGGGCGCCGCUGCCGGAGAUCCGAGCACUCUACGCCUUUGCCGGCCUGAGCCUCACACCGCAGCUCGAAGCCUGGAUCCACAACAUCACGCACGGGGUCGGGCCCGGCGCGCGCCGCGAGGCCUUCAAGACCACGUCUAGGGACGCGCUCAAUGUCUCGCAGGCUUGGCGCCACGCGCUGCCCUUUACCAAGAUCCGCCGCGUACAGGAGCUGUGUGCGGGCGCGCUGCAGCUGCUGGGCUACCGACCGGUAUUCUCCGAGAACGAGCAACGAGACCUCACCCUGGACCUGGUGCUGCCUCGCGGCCCUAGCAGCUUCAGCUGGGCAUCGUCCACUACCGCUGAGCACCCGUAGCGGAAGGAAGCCCCCAGCUGUGGCUGGCGCUUCCAGGAGACUUGCGUGGUGUGGGGAGGGAGCCGGGGCACACGGGGCGCUGGCCGCUACUGGAGGGGCCGGGAGUUGGGAGCCCCCCGCCAUUCCGGAGUAGGAGGACCGUGUCCCCAAACUAUGUUUCUUGCUCCCCACUUCUUGGUUUUCCUUUGAGUACUCUUUAGGAGCUGGGUUCCCAUCUGGCACACUCUACAUGUAAAGCGAUCUCGUGCCCCCACUUCCCCUGGGCACAGGGAAUAAGUUCAGCCGACUUGGCUCCUACACCAGCACUUUCUUUCCCCUUAAGUCUCUUCUUCCUCUGGAUGCCUCAUUCUGCAGCUGAGAAGGGUGUGCCAGCCUUGCCUGGAGCGAAGGGGCACUGUGGUGAGCUGGCCCCGAAGUUAGUACAUCUCCGCCCACACACACCCCGGAUGCCUCCCUGCGCGCCUCCCCCCCCCAACCCCAGGCCCCUGGCACCACAAGCCGCUAAAGCCAAUGCGUUUAUAUUUUCCAGUAUCUUCAGCAAGAAAUCAGACAAGGUGUGUUGUGGUUUCCUCUUACUCUCUCUGCCCCAAUCUCCCAGGAGCCCAAACGCCCCUAUCACCUGCCUAGAUAAGGUGAAUCUUUGAUUUGUCCUGACGGGAAAGUUCCUACCUACAGAAAUAAACAUAAUUAACCUGUAUGAUAGAGACUAGCGUUUACAGCCUGUAAAAUUUGACAAAACUCAAAAGUGAAGGGACUUGUCCAAUGCCACAUGGUAAGAAGGAUAAAGGGAGGAGGGAGGUUUGCUCUGGGGCUACAGUAGGGAGGAGAGAGUGAAUCAGGCUUGCAGAGACCCGUUUCUGGGGCAAAGAAGGGUCAGAUUUUCCCAUCCUAUUUCCCUAAGGGAUGAGCAAGCAGCCCUGGCUGGGGCCACAGCUGUGGGGUGAGAUAUGAGAAGUGAUGAGCUCUGUGUCCAGAGUGCAGAAUCUAGGGAGCUUCCUGGAUAAGCCUGGAGGGAGGCAGCGAGGAGGAGAGGAGGAGGGAGAGAAGGCUGGGGAGGCUUGGGCAGCAAGCCAGGCAGAGCGUGUGGCAGAGCAUGAGGUUGGCAGCAAGAUCAGUGUUGGGAGGGCAGGUCACAGGAAGAAUGUAACUAGAUAAAGCUUGCCAGGAGCUUGGAAGGAAAAAGGCUCUGGAGUGGUUGUCUUCCCUUGGUCCUUAUGGGCCAGGCCCAGGAGGAGAGCACAGUAUGAUUCCUAGCUGCACACCACAACACCUGGCUCUGGCAGCAAAGGAUCUUAAAAGGGAUGCUAGAUUUAAAAAGUGUGUGUGGUGGAAGGGUGGGAGGGUGAAAUUGAAGACAGCUAGUUGUAAGCUCAGGAAAUGAGAGCUAACAAGUAAGUGCUCAAAAAAUGUUUAAAAGAAAAAAAAACCUCAUAGAACCACUAGGAAGGACAGGGAAGCAGAUUUGAGUCUACACAAA